AUGAAACAAACUGCAUCUUCUUCAUUUUCGUCACCAUUCAAAGGCAAAACAUUGGUACUCGAACUUGGCGGUGAAAUAGGUUUCAAAGCUAAACAAGAGCUUAUCAACUAUUUACGUGAACAACAAGCUUAUAUUUCAUAUAUUCUUACAGCUAGUGAAACCAAUGAUAAAUCGGAUGUCUUUUUUGCUCUUGAACUUCAAGUUAUCCCCGAACAAUAUUAUGAUCGAACAACGAGUGACUAUCGACUACGAUUUCGAUACGAAAAGCAAACAAUUGCUGGCGAAGGACAAGAACAAGGCAAACAAAUAUCGAUACAGUAUGCAUUCGGUGAUAAUUCAAAUGAACAACAGCAAUUGUUCGCAUCGUAUUAUUAUCGAGUGGCCACAAUGCCACGUGUGAUACGAAUUCGAGAGAUGUUACCGGAUAAAUUAGGAUCCAAGUUAUUACUACGUGAUAACGAAUAUGCGAUUUAUGAACUCGAUCAACAACGUUUACUCUACAUUGUCGAAGUUUCAUGGGUACCGAACGAUGUUCUCAAUAUUAAAUUAGAACGAUUACCGAUUAUUCACCAUCAACAACAUCUAUUAAAAUUAAACGAAUACGUCGAAGUUCCAUUGACAAUCGAUGAUGAAGUCAUUCAAGUUGCCGAACAGGAUUAUGGUUUAGUAUGUCCAUCGUCGGGCAAACUUGUACCACUUAAAUCAUUUCACAUUCGUGCUCAAAUUAUCGAUACUAUAGUUGAGGUUGUUCUCUAUCAAGUCUAUCACAAUACGAGUUCAAUACCGAUCGAAGCAAAAUACGUAUUUCCUCUUGAUGAAAACUCCACAGUAUGCGGUUUUGAAGCACAUAUCAAUAAUAAAGUAAUCAAAGGUAUUGUCAAAGAAAAAGAACAAGCUAAACAAGAAUAUCGUGAAGCAAUCGAAAAAGGUCAUGGUGCCUAUUUGAUGCAUCAAGAACAGGCUGAAGUGUUCAGCGUUGCUGUUGGCAAUUUGCCAGCAAAUACAGAAGUCAUUAUUAAGAUAAUCUAUGUUGCCGAAUUAGAAAUCGAAAAUGGUGAUAUUAUCUUUCGUUUUCCAGUCAAAAUGGCUUCAUGGCAAGCGAAACAAGUCAUUGAAACAAAAGAUCAAUCGACAAUACGAUCGAUUGAUAUUGUCGAUGAAAAAGUUGAAUUUAGUCUCAAAGCAUCUAUUCAAAUGCCAUACGAAAUAAUUAAAUUAUUUUCCCCGACACAUCGUCUCCGUCGAAAAUUAACCGAUUGUGUAGCUAUGAUCGAACUUGUCGAUAAUAUUUUACUCGAUCGAGAUUUUGUUCUUUCGAUUACACUCAAAAAUGCUAAUUUGCCUCGAAUGUUAAAUGAAACAUUGUCGUUUGAUGAUGAUGAUAAUGAUUCUCAAGCAUGUAUGCUUACAUUUUAUCCACGAUUCGAAAUAUUGACUAAAUCAAAUGAACCAAUCGAAAUUAUUUUUCUCAUCGAUGUAUCCAAUUCAAUGGAUGGUAGUCAUGCACAACAAGCUAAACAAUUGACUCAUCUGUUUCUAACGAAUUUGACAAUUGACAAUGAAAAAAUACUUUUCAAUAUUGUUAUAUUUGGAUCAGAUAAUGAUGAAUGUUUUCCAAUCGCAGCACCGGCAACGAAAGAAAAUCUUGAUAAAGCCAAAUACUUUGUUCUGCAUUCACUUGUUCAUCGUGGUAAUACGGAUCUAUUUGCUGUUCUCUAUCGAUAUUCUCUGUUGCCAUCAUCAUCGAAAUGUGCCCGUCAAUUUAUUCUUCUAUCCGAUGGACAUAUUCACGAUCUUCAAUCGAUUCUUGGUCUACUCGAAAAUCAAUCGACAAUGUGUCGUGAUCGUCUAUUUGCAUGCUCUAUUGGUAAUGUUGCUAAUAAACACGAUUUGAAAAGAUUAACUCGUGCUGUAAGUGGGGGUGGUUUAAUAAUCAUUUUCGAUUCGAAUUAUCGAUCAAAAUGGAAAAUUAAAGUACGAAAUAUUCUCGAACAUAUUCGACAGCCAUGUGUUACAAGUGUAUCAAUCGAUUGGCAUGAUAAUAGUUUGGAUGAACAACAAAAAUUCCAUAGUCAAGCUCCGAAAAUGAUUCGAUCAUUAUUCAAUGGAAUGAAACUUACUAUCUAUCGAUUUAUACGAAAUUGUCAUAAGGCAACAUUGACAGCAACAAUCAAUGGACAAGAAUUUGUUACAACUGUAUUUAGUAGUGCAAUAACAAUGACCAAAGGCCGUAUUCUACAUUGUCUAACUGCUCGAGCGAUUAUUGAUGAUUUCGAUAAUGGACUAUUGCAUAUCGACGAGAGCGAGAAUGAAUUGAUCAAAAUUCAAUAUAAACGAGAUCUUAUCGAUUUAAGUAUAAAAUAUUCGGUUAUAAGUCCAUAUACGAGUUUUGUUGCUAUCGAAGAACGUGAUGCCACACAAAUUCAUCAAACAGGCGUUCGUCUUGUUGAUGUAAUGAUCGAUCGGGAUAUCGACUUACUUUCAUAUAUUGGAUGGGAUGGUGAUAUGUCACAUUUAACAUCGAUGAAACAGAAAUUGAUUGAUGCUCGUAUUUCACUCGAAAGUGCAUCGAUUUUGAGAAAACAAGAUUUAAUUGUCGAUAUUGAAAAAUUUUGUGAAAAAAUUUCUUAUCGAUCAGGUGACGAUGCAAAAUUUGAUAUGAUGAUGUCAAUCAUACGAACGUAUCGUUAUGCAUUCAAGGAACCGGAAAAAGCAAAUCAAAUCGAAAAUAAAAUGCGAAAUGGUAAGUAA